CACAUCAAAAAACAAUAUCGUGACCGCGGGAAAAAGAAUAUCGUAUUUCCUAUUUUCUCGUGUAAAUUUGUCGUUUUCACACGUUUAAACAGGUAAAAUUAGUGGUAUGCUGUCUCGAGACAGUAAUGGAUCUCACCAGGACGAGGAAAGCACUAGUGACAAUGGGUCUGAUGACUAUCCAAGUAUACCUAUCUCUAUGGAAGGCCCAAAAGAAUGGACUUAUACAAUGAGAAGGCAAAUGCAGGAAGUGGUACCUGGAUUGUAUCUUGGCCCAUACAGUGCAGCUAGUCGAUCAAAAUUACAAUCUUUAUCAGAACAUGGCAUAACACAUAUAGUAUGUGUUAGACAGGACAUAGAAGCAAAUCUUAUAAAGCCCAAUUUUCCUGACAAAUUCAAGUAUCUUGUUUUAAAUAUUGCUGACACAGCAACAGAAAAUAUUAUUCAACACUUUCAAAAGGUGAAAGCAUUUAUUGAUGAGGGUUUGAAUUCAGGUGGUCAAGUCUUGGUACAUGGUAAUGCUGGUAUAUCAAGAUCUGCAGCAUUAGUUGUAGCAUAUGUUAUGGAAACAUACGGACUCUCCCAAGUAAAUGCAUAUGCAGUACUACAACAAAGAAGGUUUUGUAUAAAUCCUAAUGAAGGUUUCAUGGCACAACUAAGAGAAUAUGAACCAAUCUAUAAGGCACAGAAAACAUUAAAAAAUGGUCAACAAAGUUUAAUGGGACAACGAACUAAAAGAACUAUCCAUCAAAUGGAUACUGAAAGAACAGAGGAUAAAUGUGAUACAAUGGACAGUUGA